CGGAUAAUGCAAAGAUCGCAUGCGCUGGCCAAGUGGGUCAGCGAUGGACCACCGCGUCGAGAAAGGUUGCAUGCCGUCGCCAGAGCUUUUCGACUCGCCGCACGGGUCAAAGGAGUUAGUUCUCGAAGAAGAGCAAGCGCCGAGCGGUGUGAAAGCGGUAGUCACUUCGAAUAUUGAGAUAUCGGAUGGGAAGAAGGGCCUCCACGAACUCCUCGAGCGAAACCGUUUGUGGGCCGCGUCGAUCGUUGACACAUCGCCCUACUUCUUCUACAAGCUAUCCAAGCAGCAAUCCCCUGAGAUCCUAUGGAUCGGAUGCUCCGACUCACGUGUUCCUCCCAACCAAAUCCUCAACCUGAAGCCGGGUGAAGUCUUCGUCCAUGCCAACUUCGCGAAUGAAGUCGUGCACAGCGACAUGAACUGCCUCUCCGUCAUCGAGUAUGCCGUCGUGCAUUUGAAAGUCAAACACAUCGUUGUGUGCGGUCACUACGGAUGCUCGGGAGUCAAAGCGGCGCUCAGCCAUCAAGAAUUUGGGAUUGUCGACAACUGGAUCCGCAACAUCAAGGACUUGUACAUUGAGCAGCGCAAGAAAUUUGGGGAUCUCGGGAAAGAGGAAGCCCUAAACGUGCUGACGGAAGCGAAUGUUGCCAAAUCUGUCUACAACGUGUGCCACACUCGGAUUGUCCAGAACGCUUGGAAGCGAGGACACAAGGUGAGCGUUCACGGAUGGUGCUACAGCAUCGACGACGGCCUUAUACGCGAUCUCAACAUCUGCGUCAACGACGAAACCCAAGUCGAGCCAAUUUACCGCCGCAUGAUGCAAAAGCGGACAUCCGUGAUGGGCUUUGACGAUGUGGCUGCAUCGAAGGCGGCGGAGAUGCUUUUCUCGCAGUCACACGGCAGUUCAACCGCCACGUAGCCGACUGCCUCGUUAAGCAUGUACACCCUCAUACCGUCAUAUGGAUCGUUUUCUGUGUGCGGUGGAUUUUGUUGGUCGCAAUUGAUUGGACAUAAUAAAGUCUAUUUUCGCGAUGUGGAG